GAGAGUUACCAUCACUCAACAGCUGGUCCCUCAUUAACCAGACAGUCAUAUUUGAAAGUCCUAGGAGCCAGAAACACAAAUCAAUCUCCCUUUUCUCCAAAAGAAGAGUAUGAUAACACCAUCAUCAUGCCCCUGCAAUUUAUCGACCAGAGUCCCAGUGGGAUAACCAGCUCUGACAGGCGUCUUAUCCGCUCCCAUGUUAUGCGAGGCAAGAAUACAGGCAAGCAGCGCCAAUCCUCCAAGAAACAUGGGAAUGUUGCAGAACUCAGGCGGAUGAUAAAUGCCUCAAAACCUGCAUACACGAUUCAGCGACCAAUAUAUUGGGGCGAUUUGUGCAUCACGUCGUUCCCCAAAGAGCUCGACUCCGAGUCCACAGCACUCAUGCAUCGAUGGUUUUUUGACAUCAGUGACGCGCUCUUUCCGCCCCAGUUCUGUACCAAGUUCGACAUAAUAAGAUCGAUUUGGGUCAACCACAUUCUAGCAGACGAAGCUUAUUUUCAUAGCACUCUAGCCAUAUCUGCGUCAUACGUUGAUUUUUUCCAGCGGAAGCCAACUGUGUCGUCCAAAACUCUUCAUCACAUCUCCGAGGCAUAUGCUCUGGUCAACAUCAAACUGUCAGGCCCCGACUCUGUUUCUGAUGACGCCAUAGCUGCUGUGGUUAGUCUCGCCAUCUACCAGCAAAUACACCACGAGCCUGCAACGGGACUGGUACAUUUUCACGGACUUUAUCGCAUGAUUCAACUCCGGGGUGGGAUAUCCAGGUUUCUGGAAGAAAAUCGUGCGCUAGCACUGAAACCGUUGAGACUUGAUGUGGAAUUAGCAAUGCAAAAUGGCACCGGCACUCUAUUCCACAGGAGUGAGGUGCCUGUUCACCCAAUCUUAUGCGACCCAGACGCGGGAAGCAGGCGGUAUCCCGUCGGUGUCCUCUGGGUACCACUGAUGCUGGAUAUGUUCACGUUCUCAACAUUACUCAAUGAAGUUGAAACAAAGCAAAGGUUGAGGCUUGACCCGCUAGAUUAUACAGAGACAAUUCUGUCGCUUUUGUACCGACUCGUAGAGGUCUCACCUCUACGGCAUGUUCCCACCAAGCCUGCGAGAUUGUAUGGAGACGUGACAUACCUUGCCAUGCUAGGAUUCAUGACAACGUUGCUACCUGAGUACGCUCGCGAUGGGCCUAGCUGCCCCCUCAUCUCUGAUCGCCUCGGAAGCGCCAUGAAAGACCUGUCCAUCAGACCUGUGGAACCUUCAGACACUGACCCCCCGUUCCUGUUAUGGAUUCUUUUUAUUAGUGGGAUCUCAGUGUUGGAUCUUAAAGACUGCCACUGGCUAUUGUCAUUGAUCCGUGACACUUGUGAGAGCCUGGAGCUGGAUGACUGGGGUUCAAUUCAACGGCAGUUAAGCAAUUUCCCUUGGAUAUUUGCAUUGCAUGAAGUGCCUGCCUAUCGACUAUGGAAGAUGGUACAACUGGGGAGCAGGGACAUUUCUUUGGAGAUUUCUUCACUGGGAUCGUCAUGA